AGCAAGCAAAGCAAGCAGGCGCAGCGUGAGCUUCGCGUAGAGCAGGUAAGGCGCGUUGUGCGCUCUCUGCACUCAUUAUUUAUCGACAUCAAUCGCUGAGUCCAUCGCUGGGCCCUGCGUCCAUCGCUGCCGCUGCAGAGGUGACCACCACAAGAGUCGCUGCGACAGCACCGCAGCACCCCAGACGCCUGUCGCCGCGACACCGCAGUACCACCAGACGCCAGUCGCCGCAACAAGCCAUGCUCCGCCACGCGCGCCGCGUCAUACAAAGGCACAAAUCGUCGGCGGCCGUCCUAGGCGCGCUUCCGGAAUACACCGAAGUCUCCACCCUCAAGAACGGCCUACGAGUGGCCACGGAACGCGUCCCCGCCGAGUGCGAGACGGUCACGUUAGGCGUGUGGAUCGACGCCGGGUCGCGCUACGAGGCCGCGUCCAAUAAUGGUGCCGCGCAUUUUCUCGAGCAUAUCGCGUUCAAGGGCACGCAGCGACGGACGCAGCGCCAGCUCGAAGUCGCCAUCGAGGACAUGGGCGCCCACUUGAAUGCCUACACGUCUCGCGAACAGACGGUCUACUACGCGAAACUUUUCCGGAAGGAUGUUGAUGUUGGAAUGGAAAUCCUGGGCGACAUCCUCCAGAACUCACUACUUGACAGUGGUGCCGUCGACCGGGAGCGCGACGUCAUUCUGAGGGAGAUGGAAGAAGUCAACAAGCAGCACGAGGAGCUCAUUCUGGACUUGUUGCACGAGGCCGCCUACGUCGGUGGUGGCCUUGGGAGGACGAUCCUGGGCCCGGAGGAGAACAUCAAGACCCUGAAGUCGAAGGAUCUGCGGAGUUACAUCGACACGCACUAUACCGCGCCUCGGAUGGUCGUCGCCGCGGCCGGAGCUCUAGAUCACGGCGAAGUCGUAAGGUUGGCCGAAGAACACUGGUCCGGGCGGCCGACGACGUCUUCGACCGAUUUCCCCGUGGACUUUGAUCGGGCGGUCUUCACGCCCACAGAAGUUCGUAAUGAAGACUUAAGUGAACCUCGGGCGCAUGUCGCUCUGGCGUUUGAUGGUGCGGAGUGGACGUCGCCCUAUUCGGUGCCGCUUAUGGUCCUACAAACGCUGGUCGGGCAGUGGGAUAGGUUGAAUCCGGCCGCGGGCGGCGUCGACUCGGCGCCUGCAGCUCUAGCUCGAUCCCUAGCUUCUUCGGACAGUUGCCACUCGUACAUGACCUUCAACACCUGCUAUAAAGAUGCGGGGCUCUUUGGGCUGUAUCUCGUGGCUCCUCCCGAAGGCGUCGACCAGGCCGUCGCGACGACGAUGUCCUACUUUGCAACUUUAUCAACAAAGCCGGAGCGGGUCAUGUCGCCGUCUGAUGUAGAACGAGCCAAGGCUCAACUGAAGGCGAAUCUGAUAUCGCAAUUAGAUGCUUUAGCUCAUGUGUGCGAGGAGCUCGGGCGGCAGCUGCUGACGUAUGACAGGAGGUUGCCGUUGGCCGAGCUGCUCGCGAGGAUCGACGCCGUGUCGUACGACGACGUGGCGUCGACGGCGGCGCGCUUUCUACGGGACCAGGGCCACGCGCAGGCGGCGCACGGGUCGCUCGGGAACCUGCGGCCGUUCGAGGCGUGCCACGUGUCGAACUUCUCUUGACUGCUGACUAAUUAGUGUUUAUCUAU